AUGGAUUUUGAGCUCGAACUCGCGAUGAGGAGCUCAUCGAACGAACCCCAGCAAGACACACGAGUCCUUCUCAGGAAAAGGAGACGAGAAAAGACGCCUCUCGGACUGACACGCGUCGACGCGUGCCUCGUUAACCGUCCAAAUCUCCAUAAAACCUUCAAUUCCUGACGCACCAAGAUAUAAUCUCUUGUCCUCUCUACCUUGGCUCGAGAACGGGAGCUUUUUAACCACUUUUAGUGUAUUGAGAAAAAAAAAGGGUUUCUACAAAAUAACAUUGCAAACUUUUCACGAGAGAUUUUCCGAAAUAUUCCGUUCAUAGGUAGGGACCGCAGACAGAUUUUCAAAAAAACUUUUUCAGCAUUGAGCUUUGUAUGGUUUGAUAGCUGUUUCGAUUCAAAACUCAGAAUCGUUUAGUUUUUCGAAAAAGAUUGAAAAUGAAAAAAGUUAUGACGAAAAAUGUGGCGCGCCGCGCAUCAUUUUUUAGUACUGAAAUUUUGGUAUUAUCCGUUUUAGACAUUUUUCUUGAUUUUUCUUCUAGAACAAGUUUUGAUACUUGUCUAUUGUGAUGUAAGAAAUCAUAAUAGAGUGCUAAAAUGGUGAGUCUUCUACCAUAGGGCAUCAUAAUCUUCAAAUGGAAAUUUUCAUCAAAUUUGAAGAUUUGAACGGAAGGAAAUUGUACUCGAUUUCAUUUCUCUUCUUCAGGAGUCGUGAGUCAGAGACGAGUAAUUGAGUUUGAAGAGCACGAAAAAUCGCGAGUUUUCGUAUCGUCGACGACGACUUUGUCCAAAACACAAUUUCCUGAGCAGAUUUAAAGUCAAGACUUUUACAAUUAUCGUCAGUCUCUGAGCCUCACUUUUCUCUUUUCUUUUUGCGAAGAAACCGACCCCGCAAGCGCCUUGUAAGAUGCCACAAGCACACGCAAGUUCCAUGUUUGGCGAGCAAGUGCUCAGCCGCGCAGGUACACAAGUCGGCGGGUAUGACGCCAGCCGGUAAGCACCGUGCGAAGGUAAACUCACAGGAAAUUCGGUUGCUCAACACUGGAUAUAAGUUUGCACCACUACUGGCUUCUGUGUGUUUAUAUACAAAAUAUAUAACCCUUGUAACUUUUAUCCUUAUUUUUUUCAAACGAUGGCACCUAGGUGCUGAUGGCGCAACACACCGGAAGCCGGACGACGUCUGAAAGAACGCCGAAAAAAAAACAUCUGCGCCUCUUGUCGGCACAGCUUCCGUGUGUCGUCUCCUUCUUGCACAACCGACAGUCUGACCAUCUCUUUUCCAUGUUACCGAUGGUUUUCUCUUUCACAGUCAAUACCGACUAGAAUGGUAGGAAAUUAAGGCCGCGACGGGGUUUUCGCAGAAUGUUAAGAAUAGAAGCAUGAACUGUACUAGGUAACUGACUUCUUUUUUUUUGCUUUUCUUUUCAUUACUUUCCCGGAUUAUUAUGUCUAGGAAAAAUGCCGAACUUCUUGAAUACAUUUUCAACAAGAUAAUUAAUCGGUAAAUGAAGAAAUCAGUGUGAAAAAAAUAACUACAUUUAUUUUUUUGGCGGGACAAGUAUUUCAAAUAUGUAGGGGCUUGAAAAAAAUCGGCAUUCCAAAUAAGCCAAGUAAUUCCAUAAAUUCCACAAGUAAGAUUUUUCAAGUAUUAAGUUCAUACUUUAAGUUUUUUUGAAGUGUCUGGUCGGAUUUUCUGGGGUUUUACUUUCAAUUUUAAAUUUUCGAGUUAAAUUUUUGUACUAAUAAUUUUACCGUGCCCAUAUUUGAACACAAGUCUAAAAAAGUAGAUGUCGUGGUUUGGUAGCGUCUUGAAGUUCAAACACUGACGAAAAUUUUAUUGGAAGAUUUUCCAACUCCGUGCAUUAAUUAGCUGGUUUCUCAUCUUUUCUUUGCCCCAGGCUGUUUUCCGAAGAGAUUUAUUUUUCUCCUCUGCCUUACAUUUUUUUGGAACUUGUAUAAUUUUCACCAAUUUUUUUUCCUUUCCAAAUAUAUUGAUCAGCCAAGGUUACUCUUUCUUUAGAAGCCCGUCAAAGUUCUCGACUUGUUGACGUCAGCCUUGACGACAUCUGUCUUCGUCAUUCCGCCGCUUCUCCUGUCUCCGACUGCGGGCGAGCUGCGGAACAUCUGCGGUCUCCCACUGUGGAGACCUUCACGUCUUGCAGCUUCGAAAAACCCCUUCAUUCUGUAA